UUCAAGCUAAUCCACUGAAAAUUGUCGGUGGAUCAAUAUGAAAAUUUACCGAACAUAAAAACCCCGUAAAUUAAUUUGGUGUAGUUUCUUUGGCAAUCGUUUUGCUCAUUCUGUGUUUCCAUGCCAUCAACAGAAUGCGUGUGCUAUUGAAAACUGAAAAUGUUAUGUUGCUUUAGGAUCAAAAGUGAUCGACGGUUUACACUAAACUUAUUUCCCGUGUUCUUCAUUCAAAAUACACUUCUUGGUGAUGAAGUUAUUAUAAACAACAUAUGGGAAUAUUCCUUUUAAUAAUAAUUUUCGGAUUGAGUGAUUUAUUCCAUGGAUGAUUUUUUAUACGAAUGUUGAGACGAACAUUGUGAACCAGACGCUUCCGCAUCUGCCAAAGACUUCGUCAAACUCUGGAAGGAAUUUUUUCACACGUACAUUACAUAUUUGUGUGCAUUUUACGUCAUUAUCUUCAAAGUUUAUUGUAGUUUUACGAUUUGAGCGUUGGCUCUAUGUCGUCUCCCAAAGGAGGAUCGUUAACAGCGCUCACGAAGCUCAGCGGUCUGUACAGAGCGCGUCCUGUCAGGAUGCUGGUACUGGGGCAGAGCGGCGUCGGAAAAUCAGCGCUGGUUGUGAGGUACCUGACACGUCGCUUCAUCGGUGAGUACUCCGCUCAUCAGGAGCACCUCUACCAACACACCGCAGACUUCGCGUCCUCGCAAGUCACGCUCGAAAUACUGGAUUCUGCUGGCGAUGAAAAGGAUGGAGACCGUCACGAAGCCAAUAUUCGGUGGGCGGACGUGUUCCUUCUCGUGUACUCGGUGACAGAUCGAUGCAGCUUCGACGACUGCAGUCGUGCUAAGUUCCUCAUCAAUUAUAACAAAAGACGUCGUAAGAUCACCGGUAAUGCCACCAAGGACCCGAGAGAAGAAGCGCCAGUGUUGCUGGUUGCGAACAAGAAGGACUUGCCCGGCGACCGCAUGGUGACUACAGACGAAGGGAUACGGCGCUCCCGGGACAUCGGCUGCAGGGCCUUUCACGAGAUCUCUGCUCGGGAGAGCAUUGAUGAGGUGCAGGAGGUGUUCACGAACGCCAUCAGACUCGUGCGUCAGGAACACAAGACGCCGCGGCUACGGCGCGCUGCUUCUGAGGUACACGAUCCUCUCAGCGACGUCGGGCGCGUCACCACGCAUGUCUCUCAUCUCGACGGUCUUGACAAUCUCCUGGACUCACUCACCAACUUCCGGUUCUGUAAAUCGUCCCACGGCGACGACCGCGGCAGCGGUGGUCGGACGAAGCUGUCGCCGGAGGAGGGGGAGGUGUUGCCAGCAACUCCCUUCAGGACAAGGGCGUGCACGGACGGACUGCUGCACAAGGGCAAGUUCCAGAAAAGGACCAUGGAGAGGUCCCAGAGAGGAGCGGGCUACCGGGAACGUAACCUCAGCAUCGCUAUGAAGGGAGAAUCCUGCUCGAGUUUUCAGUAGCACGGACCACUUCUAUGAUGGGAUAAAUUUUGCGGAGGAUAUUGACAGCAUCGAAAUAAAGUGUGCCGAGUUUGCACAUAACUUUACUAAAGUUGAUGAUUAGAUUGCAGCUUCAGCAAUGCCAUGGAAUGAGAAUCCUGAGCAACUUUUCAUUAGCAUGAACCACUUUAAUAUCGGUAACUAUUUCCCGGUGUAUAUUGACAGCAUUGGAAGUUUGUCGCAUUGAUCAAGAUUACCCAGUGACUUUGUAAACUUGAUGUUGAGAGGAGUGUAGCCUCUGAAUUGCCAUGAAGGGAGAGAAUGACAUCCAUGUAACUUCAAAAUUAAUUUUUUAUAUCGAAACUAAUUCCAUUGUUGGUGCUGAUGAUCGAAUCUCUUAAUUUUUUUAUGAAUUUUGGUGUUUAAGCAUCUGAUUGUAGUAUAUGACGCGGCCGGUAGUGUUAACAUUUUGUACAAAUGGCUAAACUUUCAUUAGUCUUUUGUAAAUUUCUGAUAACAUUUUUUAUUACAGAUAAUAAUAUGACUUUUUGAUUCACAUCGACACCCAACUCUUCAAAUUUCAGUUGUCGAGACCCCAUAGAUUAUUGGAAUUGGCUUAGUUUGUUGUUGUAUUGCAACCAUUGAAUCAAUCAAAAUUUUAUCAAGAUUCAACAUCUGAGCCCGUAACUGCAAUCCAAAUAUUAAACUUAUGAAAUCUCUUUAUUCUGCUCAUUCAGAACUUUUGAUUAAUUGUACUCUCGAUUAUUGAUAGUGCGCUAAUUUUUAUUCAAUCCAUAUCAUGCUUGACGAAGAAUCUAGCUUG